AAUCAUAGUAGCUGACAAAAAAAACAAUGAUCAUAAAUAUAAGUCUUCACAACUUCACUGACUUGCGGUUUCUCAACACCAAGCAUGACGUUCCUCAGUAUCACCUUCUUAACACUAUUCUUCCUUCUUCUCUUUCUCUCCAUAGAGCUCCAAGCGUACACCCCAGAAGACAACUUCACCAUCAGUUGUGGCACCACCGGGAUAGUCUUCGACGGCCAAAGGACAUGGACGGGGGACGCAGACACAAAGUACUUAUCUGGUGGUCAAGGCAGCACCGUUUUAACCCAAGCAGCAACACAAGAUCCUUCUGUCAAUCAAGUUCCCUACACCACAGCACGGUUAUCCCCUUCUCAGUUCAAUUACUCCUUCCCCGUUUCUGCGGGCCCCAAAUUCGUUCGCCUCUUCUUCUACCCUGCUGAUUACCCUUCCUUUCCCCGCACUCAUGCCUCUUUCUCCGUUCAAUCUAACGGAUUCACCUUCUUAAAAGGUUUCAACGCCUCUCUAAACGCUGACGCGGAAGCCACCAAAACCAUCUUCAGGGAAUAUGUGGUCAACGUCAACGACGGUGAGAUUCUCAUCCUCAGCUUCACUCCCUCGCAACCAAACUCCUACGCUUUCAUCAAUGGAAUCGAGAUACUUUCCAUGCCAAGUGAUUUGUAUUACACGUCAGCAACUGACUCAACAGGAUUCAAGUUCUUGGGAAGUACCACGCUGUACAGCGUAGAAACCAGAUUUGCGCUGCAGGCGGAGUAUAGAAUCAAAAUGGGAGGGCAAGAAAUAUCACCACUAAACGACACCGGUUUGUUCAGGAAAUGGGCCGGUGACGAAGAAGAUUAUUUAAUCAAACAAAAUCCACAGAAUAAUGAUCUUCCAGCUGACACGGAUGGUAAGAUGAACAUAACCGUGAAUCCUGAUUACGUGGCACCCAAGGAACUCUACAGAACAGCGCGUAGCAUGGGCACAAACGCCACUCUGAACAAAAUCAGCAACCUGACUUGGGAGUUCCCGGUUGAUUCUGGCUUCACUUACGUUCUCAGGCUCCACUUUUGCGAGCUUGACCCCAAUAUUAAUAAAGAUGGUGACAGGGUGUUCUUCAUUUACAUAGCGAGCCAGUUGGCUGAGAACCACGCUGAUGUUAUGCAAUGGAGCCACCAUCAGAAAGGUCUCGCUGUGCAGAGAAACUAUGCCGUUUUAAUUCCGAAGGACAACACUCAGAAAAAGGUUAAUCUCUCGCUUCGGAUGGAUCCUUAUGCAACUAAUGAUAAAACGACAUACAGCGACGCGUUCUUGAACGGUCUCGAGAUCUUCAAAAUCAGUGAGGCUGGGUCAAACAACCUUGCCGGACCUAACCCGGACCCGGUUCAGACUCCACACAACAACAUACCCGCCCCAAAGGGAAACCGCAGCAGCAAAAGCGGAACGACGUCGAUAAUCGGCAUCGUGGCAGGUGUGGUAUCCGGCGUCGUUUUGAUCUCACUCAUCAUCCUUUUCCUCAUCGUCUUCUUCCGACGCAAGACAAUCACUACGCCCAAGGACUACAACAAGUCCAAGUCCUCCGCGACCUCCAAGUGGGGCCCACUCUCCUUCACAACGACCAAGUCAACCACCACCACGAAGUCCUCCCUCCCCUCCGAACUCUGUCGUAACUUUUCCCUCGCCGAGAUCGAAGCCGCCACCAACAACUUCGACGAUGUUCUCAUCAUUGGCGUCGGGGGAUUCGGCCACGUGUACAAGGGCUACAUCGACGGCGGUUUCACCCCAGUCGCCAUCAAGCGCCUCAAACCGGAUUCACAGCAGGGUGCAAAUGAAUUCACGAAUGAGAUCGAGAUGCUCUCACAGCUACGCCACCUUCAUCUCGUGUCCCUCAUUGGGUACUGCAACGAGAACUACGAAAUGAUCCUCGUCUACGAUUUCAUGGCACGUGGCACCCUCCGGCAACAUCUCUACAACUCUGAUAACCCUCCUGUGUCGUGGAAGCAGCGCUUGCAAAUUUGCAUUGGUGCCGCACGUGGGCUGCAUUAUCUCCACACAGGCGGGAAGCACACAAUCAUCCACCGUGACGUGAAAACCACCAACAUACUGUUGGAUGACAAGUGGGUGGCCAAGAUUUCCGACUUUGGGCUAUCCAGAAUUGGUCCCACGAGCAUUGACAAAUCUCAUGUAAGCACUGUUGUGAAGGGCAGUUUUGGGUAUUUAGACCCAGAAUACUAUAAACGGUACCGUUUGACGGAGAAGUCUGACGUUUACUCUUUCGGUGUAGUGCUCUUUGAGAUGUUGUGCGCUCGGCCACCUCUAAUCCAUACUGCGGAGAUGCAACAAGUGUCACUUGCUAAUUGGGUCAGACAUUGUUACCAAAGUGGGACCAUGACACAGAUUGUGGACCCCACGUUGAAGGGAAGGAUCACGCCUGAGUGCUUCAAUAAGUUUUGCGAGAUUGGGAUGAGUUGUUUGUUAGAGGAUGCGACGCAGAGGCCAUCGAUGAACGACGUUGUUGGGAUGCUAGAGUUUGCGUUGCAGCUGCAGGAGAGCGUGGAAAAUGAAAAAGGAGAGGAAAUUAGCUGCGAUACAUUUACAAGUGAGUUGAGUGUGACUACGACUUCGACUAUCGAAGACCAUAGCUAUCAUUAUAAGGAUAGUUAUAAUACGUUGCUGUCUUGGAAUCCUUUCUCUGAAAUUACAGACCAAAAUCCGCGUUGAGUGAAUUGAUUAACUAAAUUGAUUUUUUUUUUGUCCUUCUUC